AUGACCGAGCUCGAUGCGCAGCGGCUGCAGAAGCGUCUCCUUUCCGGAGAGCAACCCGUCACGUCGGACGGUUACUUGUUCUUUCCGUUGUUUCUGCGCCACCACUGGAUGGCUGGUGUUCUCAGCAUCCACGACAGCGAGAGGUCGGUCGUCAUGACCAUCCACGACUCUGCGCCAUCAGUGCUCGUGCACCGUGACCUCUACGCGCUAUUUGGAAAGCUCUGGCCCGAGCUUGUUAUUCGAAAGAAACACUGCCCGCACCAGAAGCGUGGCAGCGAGGACUGUGGCCUAUACAUGGCAGGAAUAUUCUUUUCGUACGCGCUGGGCGUUCGAAUUGCGAGGCCGAAUUCGCUUGGGAAACGGAUGCGGUAUCUACUCUGGUCGGCGCUGCAGAAGUGCCCGGACCGGACGACAUUCCUUCGCCGCAUGCGGCAGUUCCUCACCAGAGACCAGUCGGUUCCGCAAGACUGGCACAAGACGGCGUUGUUGGAGGCCGGCGGCCGAAAAGACGCCGCGAAGAAGGAGCAGAAGCCGACGACGGCGCUCCCAUCGAAGCAAAAGAAGGAAAAGGUGGCAAGGGCGGUCGCGAGGAGGAAGCCAUCGGCGAGCGAAGUUGUGGCGACGCCAGCAGGUCCGGCGCCGCGCGACCCUUUUCUGUGUGAGGAUGAGGUUUUGGUGCCCAGCUCCGACACCUCCGUCACGGACGAGGACACCUUUUCUCCCACGACGAUCGAGCCAGGUGCCGUUGUGGUUGCACCGAGCACUGCCAUUCAUGGCACGCGUACGAACUAUGGGGAGAGCGAUGCACCAGCGACAACGCCCGCCGGUGUCUCGCACGGCUCCACGUAUCUGGUAGACACGCACGCACAGCAGGCUGUCUCUUUUUUCGAGGCCUGCUACACACCAAUCGCCGAGCGCAAUUUGUGCUUCUUCGCGGCGGCGACGUCGCUGAUGAACGUCGGUGACGGCGGGCACCGCCGUAUGGCCUGGCAUACACUCGCCGUACAGGCGAAGCGUUUUGGCUUUCACGUGGGGAUACCCUACGAUCUGGGUGACGCGCUGUCUACGUUUGGCGUUGCGUUACACUUUACAUGCCAUGAGGACAACCAGGCGCGCGUUUCUCGACGGCUCAUCGAGUAUCCGCCCACCACAUCACCGGCGCGGCCCAGCAAGAAGACGACCGCGAUGCGUGAACAGACGGCACUUUUUGUGCAGACACCGAGCCCAGCCCACGGGCUCUCCGUGACGGUUCGGCGCGCCGGUGCGGCAGGUGCAGAGACAUUUUCGUUCCGGCUUGGCGCGAAGUUGGCCGCGGAGCCUGCUGGCGCGCGCAGUGGCCCGCCAGUGACGCGCUGGUUUCUCACCACGGACCCGCACGAGGCAAUCUACGGUGUGUAUCUCCCGUCUGAGAUGGUCGGGUACCCCGCUGAAACAGCCGAGCGGCAGAGCACGCGGCGACGGGGUCCCAAGGUGGGGGUAGACAAGCCACCUGCGGCGUUGCUCGAGCGGCACGCUUUGCGACGGUGGCGGCGCGACGACGGAGAGGGUUCACGUGAGGUGCGGAGUGAUCCUGGUCGCGCUGCCCCUCCCGUCCCGGAAGUGGUGGAGACGGACGAAGAGGCGCCGCAAGAGGUCGUCAACGCAGUCGAAACGCCAGUCACAACGACUUUAAACUGGCAUGGGGACGGACAUCCCGGAAGUCCGGUGGGUGCUGCGGUCACGCGGCGACCGGAGGUGGGCGAGCCACUUCCCGGGAGCCAACAGCCGCCGGUCCGCCCGCCCGACAACUCUCGCCAACAGCAACGCACAGCAGUGGAGGGCCCGACACUUGGACGGUUCCCCAUCGUUGCCGAUACUGGCAGGCUGUCCAGUCCCCGAACUUGGUACAUACACGCGGACAAGCCACCGCACAUCAGCCAGCUCGCAUGGAACCAAAUCACCCCGCAGAUGCGGUUCAUGCACAUUCGAUGGCUGAAGGAGCUUCGCAGCAUGCCAGCGGACCUGCUGCGGUUCCCCCUGCCAAGCGCGGCGCUGGAGCUGGUGCGUCGCAUGGCGCACGCAAGACAUUGGAAGUGGGCGACGACGGCCAAGGCGCUAUCCGCCAUCAGCGGCGCUCUGCGGAGCCUGCCGCUCUACACGAACUUCUCCUUUGCAGUGGACCUGUCCAAGGACCCCGAGUUUGCAGCCGGCCUACAGGCAGCGCAUCGCUACGAGCGCGAGGAGGAGAAGGAACCGCCUGCGCCGAUCACGCACGAGCAGUACCGCGCCGCGUGGAAGAAGCUGGACGAGGUGAGCCCCAUCGCGCGGCUGUAUCUGGCCAUGAUGUGGGCCUUUGCCGCUCGCCCCUCGGACGUGGCGUCGAUGCGGCGCAAGGACGUGAUACUGUCUCCUGUGCCGGAGGAUGGGGGUGCGCAGGAUGUGGAGGAGGAGCAGACAAGCGUGGCACACCCGGCGGCCAGCGGCGGACGGCGGAGCACGGCGCUGGUGAACAUCACGGUCACGAUGCGCGAGAACAAGGGCGCGCGUUUCCGCGGCCCGUACCCGGUGGCGUCGCAGCUGAUCGGGACGGACGCGUCCACACUGCAGCAGCUGCUGCACGAGCGGCGACCCCGCCAGCGGGUGUUUGCGCACGCCGAGCGGCUCUGCACGCGGGUGCGAGCGGCGCUGCGCUUCACCAAUCCGGAGGCGGCGCUCCCCUCGGUGAGGAAGGGAGCCGCCCGUCAUAUGGCGGCGUGCGGUGUGCCGGAGGAGCAGAUAGCCCGGCUGACGGGCCACACCCGUCUCGACACACUACGGCGGUACCUGGGCUAUGGCCUCCAACUCACAGCGGAGGCAGAAAGCGCACGGGCCAACGCCGCAAGGGCUCUCCACCACGACCAGAGGCCGUAG